UAACAACCUUCCCUGGGGACCCUGUUUGGGCGGUUGCAGCUCGCGUCACCGCCUCGACCUCCAACACACACACCUCUCCCGAAACUUUGCUCCCCAAAUCAACAAUGGAAGGCCUCUUUUUUAACGUCAAUAACGGCUACAUCGAGGGCCUUGUGCGUGGUUAUCGCAACAGCCUUCUUACCUCCGCCAACUACUCCAACCUAACUCAAUGCGAGAACUUGGAUGACCUCAAGCUCCAGCUCUCGCCCUCCUAUGGCGAUGUCCUCGCGAACGUCCCCUCGCCGCUCUCGACGUCCACCAUCGCCUCCAAAGCCACCGAGAAGCUCAUAUCCGAGUUCCGCUACAUUCGUGCCAAUGCUACAGGCUCUCUCGCCAAGUUCAUGGACUACCUCACCUACGGUUACAUGAUCGACAACGUCGCGCUGCUGAUCACGGGAACUCUACACGAGCGCGACACGCGGGAGCUUCUUGAGCGUUGCCACCCGCUCGGUACUUUCGAGACGAUGCCGGUGCUGUGCGUGGCAACCAAUAUCGAGGAGCUCUACAACUCGGUGCUGAUCGAGACGCCGCUUGCUCCCUACUUCAAGAGCAAUCUCUCGUCGGCCGACCUGGACGAGCUCAAUAUUGAGAUCAUUCGUAACACCCUGUACAAGUCAUACUUGGAGGACUUCCAUCGCUUCUGCAUGUCGGAGCCCGGAAUCGCGGGAACUCCUUCGGCAGAGAUCAUGGACGAGAUGCUGUGCUUCGAGGCUGACCGCCGAGCGAUCAAUAUCACGCUCAACUCAUUCGGCACUGAGCUCUCCAAAAAGGAACGCCAGAAGCUCUACCCCAGUUUCGGGAAGCUGUAUCCGGAGGGCUCAUAUAUGCUCGGGCGCGCGGACGACGUGGACGGUGUUAGAGCAGCAGUCGAGGGCAUCGGAGAGUAUAAGAGCUUCUUUGAACAGGGCUUCGGUAUGGGCGGAGGUGGAGGCCUCGGCGCUGGUCGGCCCAAGAGCUUGGAGGACUUGUUCUACCAGAGGGAGAUGGAGAUUUCGAAGGCGACGUUCACACAGCAGUUCACGUACGCAGUUGUGUUUGCGUGGGUUAAACUGAAGGAACAGGAAAUCAGGAACAUCACAUGGAUCGCCGAGUGUAUAGCACAGAACCAGAAGGAGAGGAUCGGAAACUACAUCAGCAUAUUCUAGGCGGGUGGAUUUCUUGGUUGCUUCGAGUUGGUGGUUGGCGGGUUAGGUAGU